AUGCCUCAUAUUAUCUUGGUCACCAUUGCCCAUGACCUCUACUGCCAAUGGAACGUGCAGCUAAAGCAGCUUCAACGGCUUCUCCCCACGUUUUCCGUGUCAAUCACUACCCACCACGGAUCGGUGGAGGCGCUAUUUGAAACGACCCCGCCUCCACACCUACAGCAACCCCGGCGAACAGCGGUUGUAUGUCCCGCCAACAGUUUACUGUAUAUGGGCGGGGGGUUCGAUCGAGGAGUACUCGAGGCGCUUAAACCCGCUGGCCAACUGUAUAAGGAGUUAGAGCGUUACGUCCAGGGCCAGGGCAACUAUCGGUUCCGGGGAUAUAUACCUGUGCACACGGUGGAGACUGUGGAGACCGCUGCUGUGCGUAAUGACCGGCGUGCUUACACCCAGUGGAAUGUUGAUAGCUUAAUCUUGGCACCGCUGAUGGUAGUUCCCGAGCCGAUUGAUGUCUCUCGCGCAAAGUCGGUGAUUGUUGACUCGAUGUGGAAUGUGCUUGUCCACUGUCAAGACCAGUGGGACGUCGUGGUCGUCCCCGGUAUUGGUGGUGGCUACGGUGGCAUCGAUCACGCCACAAUUGCCCGCCUUCAAGUAGCUACACUUGCAAUAUACUAUCUUGAUGUGCUGCCCCUCCAGCGCGCCCUUCUCAUGUUAUUUCUAUUGGGCAAGGACUAUCGCAAAUAUGGCGGUGUUGACACUGAGGAGAUGGACACUCAUGUCACCGACCAUGGACGCCACGUGGACCCGGCUGCUGACCGGAGUUUGGCUGAUAUCCUCAAUUGUGUCAGCCUCGACCCCAUCCAUUAA